AUGUCGCGAUACUUUCCGCACACAGCCUACGCAGAGGACCAGCCCCUCGCGCGAACCAUUCUCACCACACACGUCGCCACGCGCGCCGUCACCGUCGGCACGCUCCUCGGCGUCGCCGCGACCAGCGCGCGCACCGUAAUCCCCGCGCUACGACGACCCAAGAUCGAGCAGCAGCAGCAGCAGCAGCAGCAGCCCUUUGCGGCGCGGCUGCUACGGUCCUGCGCGGGCAGCAUCCUAGCCACGCUGGGCGUGGCGGGGGUCGGGCUUGUCGUCCGGAUGUGGGGCCGAGACGACAUUGAGUGGCGGGACCGUAGCUGGCGGCUGCUGGAGAGCAAGGGACAGCUGGAGACGGACGACUGGACAUAUGGCGGCAUGGGCGCGGCGGCGGCGACGUCGGCGCUGGUGAUGGUCAAGGCAAAGGCAAAGACGGGGGCGGGGGCGGGGGCGGGGGCGAGGAAGAAGACGCCGCCGCCGGCGGUGUUGGUGCUGGGGUGGAGGGGGCUGGUGGGCGCGGCGGGGUUGGGGAGCGUGGGCGGCAUGAUGGGGUAUCUGGGAUGGAGGUAUGGAGUGAAUGGGGGCAAGUUUCCGGAGAAGCUGCCGAGGAAGGAGGAGAGGAUUGGGAUGUAG